AACUAUUGUUUACUAUUAAUGACUACUAACGCAUUACAUAUGCAAAUAUCUCCUGGUUCAAACUUUGCAGAUGCCUUUUGGGACGACAAUUUUAAAGGUGUUGAUAUUAUAUUCAAUCGUCUAAAAAGGUCAAAGGAGACUUGUGAAGAAAUAAAACGACUAUAUGAGUCAAGAGCUCAAAUUGAACAAGAAUAUGGUGAAAGACUUUUAAAGCUUGCAGCAACAUCUAGAGUUGGAGAACAUGAAGAAGGCAGCUUUGCAGAGACACUAUCUCGUAUUCCUUCAACAUUGGAAACAACAGGUCGAGCCCAUAUUGACUUGGCUCAGCAACUGAGAGAUCAUCUUGAAAUACCGCUGGACGGGUUUCUUAAGGAACAACGAGAUAUACGCAAAUCGCAACACACGCAAAUUGAAAAUUUAAGACAAUUGAAAAAUUUACAUGAAGCCGAGGUUGCACGAGCAAGAGAAUACUAUUCUAAUGAAAGCAUAAAGUUGAUGUCACUCGAAAAGCAUUUUACAGUCGAAAUGGAAAAAGAGAUUGAGGAGCAAAGAAAAUUGGUGACUAUUGCUGAACAGGUGUAUAGAAGAGCAGUUGAUAACCUAAAUGCUGUGAACGAAAGAUGGAUUUGUGAUUGGAAGCAUAGUGCUGAUAUACAUCAAGAGAUGGAAGUCAAAAGAAUUACUUAUUUAAGAAGCACCCUUUGGACAUUUGCCAACAUGUUGACAAGUACAUUCAAUAUUGAUGAAGAAUGUUGUGAUAGAAUACGUGCUGCUUUAGAAAUCACCGAUGUUCAAAAGGACAUCACUGAUUUUGUUCAAUGCCACAGAACUGGAUCAAAGCUUCCAUCUCCUAUUCCUUAUGAAUCAUUUUAUAAACCCGUCAAGCGAGAACUCUAUUCACAACAACCAUCCAAGGAAUCACUCACUCACAGCGUUACUGUAUUAACAAACCCUGACGAGGAAUUAAAAUCAGUCGAUCAUCAGCUUCAGCAAUUAGAACAACUGCAGACGCCAAGACUUGAACCUGCAAAUGACCUGCCACUAACAGGUGCCACUGUAUCGACACAUAGUCAUGUCAGUAGUGCAAUGAAAGAAGUAGAGCAGAUGCUGAAUCAGACCAAUGAUAGCUCAAGCACCCAUCUUGAUAACUAUAACUUGGCCGUGCAUGAAUCAACCGAUAGAUUUUCAGCUGAUAUCUGCAAUGCAUUGGGAAUAAAAGAAACUCAGGACGCUACAUCAAAAAACGACACCGUAUCACCUUCACCAAGCCAAAGAUCAAAAGAAAACGGUAUAAAAUACAAACCUAUGCCAAACCCAAGCUUCACCAGCAUACAAUCAGAACACAUCGAGACUGAAGAAAGACCAGUGAGCGAGACACAAUCUGAAAGCAACAAACCUGAAAUUCAGCCUGAACCCAAAAAGGAAGAUGACGACGACGAUGAUAAGGAAAUAGAGGAAUACCAGAGUCGAAUGCCUAGACCUCCACCCAAAGACGAAAAAUGGGUUAUUUCUUCCAUUCGCAGACCACAGCAGGUGCCCAUCAAGACACCCAAUCAUGAAGAGAUUCCCAGAUCCAACACAGAAAAUCUUUCCCACCAAGCAUCACCAGCAGAAGAUAAGAAAGGACAUCAACCCAAGGUUCACAAACCUGUUGUCCCUCUUACCAUCGAAAUCCCAAACCCCGUUAAUCCUACCAAACUUCCUCAAUUGGCCGCACAUCAAGUCAUUGAAGACGCCAGACGUCACUCUCAAAUGUCUCCUGCCACCAUCGAGAUGAACCGCCAACAGAAUAGAGAUGACAACGGAGGUAUCCGUCCUGCACCAUGGCAGGAUAGUGGUAUCAUGCAUCCUGACGACAAGAAAGGCUAUAUGCCCAACAUGAAUGGACAGUACCCACCUCCUAAUGGAUACCACGCCUAUCAUCCACCUGAACAUAUCAAUAGUCAUCCUCGUGGCUCUUCUCUUGCCAUACUUCCCAACCAUCAAGAUUUCCUCCCUCCUCAGCAUGCGGCUUACCCAGAGGAAGAGGCCAAUAAGAAACGUUCAUCCAAAAGCAAGGCGGAAGCCACUGGCAAAUCAGGAAAGGAGUCAAAGGGAGCUGGAAGAUUUUCGCUCUUCUUUACGGGCAAUAAAAAGGACAAGAAAAAGGAAAAGGAAAACCAACAACAACAACAACAACAGAUUCAACCUUAUAUGCUAGAUCAUCAACAACGACCACAGAGUCAUUAUCAAACGCUAACAAAGGAACCUGUAGAAAAGGACGUGUUUUAUAAUCCUCCUGUUUCUGCGCCUAUGCCUCCUACAGCCAUCAAUGGUUCUCAUAAAUUUAUCUGCUAUGUGAAGGCACAGUGGCCAUUUGAAGCAACGAUUGAAGGUGAAAUGUCAUUUAGUCAAGAUGAAGUGUUGGGUAUUCUUCAUAAGCAAUCAGAUGGUUGGUGGCAAGCAGAACGUUUAACAGGUGAAGCGGCCGGACAGAGAGGACUUGUGCCUGGAAAUUACAUGGUUGAUGCUCCUCAUUAA